AAUGAUAAAGUAUUAGUAAUGAGUCAACUUCAGAUGUCUAUUAACUUUUCAUUAAGAGAAAAAGAAUUACAACAAAAUCAAGUCAAAUUUUUAGAUUCAAAUGUUUCUCCAAUUGAAACUGAUUCUGAAGUUCUUGUUGAAGAAAUUGAUGAUAUUGAUGAAGAUAAUACUUUUAUUACUUCUGAACAUUGGGAACAAGAAUUAAAUGAGUGGGAAGAAAUGUUAAAGGAAGAAGAGUUAGCACAAUUGGAAGAGGAAGAGGAGUUAAAAGAUAAUCCAAAUAUCAGUAUGAGAAGUGAUCUUUAA